AUGAUACUAACAGGACGGGCUGUUACGUCUGACGAAGCUCUCCAAUGGGGACUGGUGACGAAAGUUGUGGAUGAUGGCGAAGCCUUAAAUUCUGCAACUCAGUUAGCGAAGCAAUCCAUAAGUAGUCCAUAUAGCUGCAUGCUUGCCGAUCGACGUUCAGCGUUGGAGUCAUUCGACUUACCCACUGAUGAGGCGCUUGCUUUUGAAUUCAACAGCUGCUCAGUGAUUCCUGAAGCAAUCGUAGGUGCAAGAAAGUUUCUGCUCGAUAACCAAAAGAAGAAGUCGAAGAUCUGA